UCUGACAAUUCUCAUUCAUAUCAAUCAAAAGCAUUUUGCUGUAUCCAAUCGCUACUCUUCAAGAGUAAACCAUAAACCAGUAUAUUCAACCCUGAUUACUCUGGUCAAGUACCAUGACUAUCAUGGUACCCUGAUGGUACCAUAAUCAGAUCUUUUGAAUGAUUGAAAUUUGGGAAGUUAACGGAAAUACGUCAUAAUUAUUUAUCGCAUGUGAAGUUUAAUUUUGAUGGUCGAUUAAAAAACAGAAAUUCACGAUUUGAACAACGUUUUCUUUGUUUAUGUAUAUAUUUUGGUUAAAAUAUCGCUACAGAAUAAUCGCGGAGUCCUCCAAACAUUAUAAAUGCAUAAAGUAGCCAAAUAUAAAAGGCAAAAAAAAUCAUCAGAAGUCUUGCCCGAAAUUCUGCGUUCAGAUGAGUCGGAAGACGACCUUGUCGAGUUCAUCAAUAAUUCUUUCCCUAUAAAUGGCCCAGCUGGGGCGAACAACAGCAAGAAAAGAAACAAAGGCAAUGUAAGAUCCAAUGACGAAGAAUCCAGUCUGCAAGAAAUAGAUUUAAGUGGAGGAAAUGCGCAGACAAGCUCAACAGGAUCUAAUGUGUACGACUUGUCAAGUAAUGGGGACUCUAUUAUCUUGGGUGACAAACCCAGAAGUGCGAGAUCACGAUUAUGCAUUGCAUUUGGACUGUUUGUUUCGUUUUUCGCCUUGGGUAUAGCUGUAGCAAUGCUUGGUCCAAGUUUAUUGGAUCUAAAAGAUCAAGUAGAUACCUCAUUUCAGAGCAUGUCAUGGAUUUUCACAUUUCGUUCAAUUGGAUAUCUUCUAGGAUCAGUCAUAGCUGGAUGGCUUAUUGAUAAAUGGAAUUGUUACCUAGUGUUGGCAGGAUCAUGUUUUAUUGCAUCAAUUUGUUUGGUCAUUAUACCACUGACUAGGUCAUUUUUUGUUCUAAUCAUAACAGUUGUAUGCCAAGGAUUAGCUCUUGGAUCUCUUGACACAGGUGGAAAUGUAUUAAUACUCAAUCUAUAUGGCAAGAAUUCUGAUGCUCAAAUGCAGGGACUACAUGCAAUGUUUGGCCUUGGCGCAUUCAUCUCUCCAUUACUUGUUGGACCCUUCCUAACGACGGCAGCAUCAGCUGUAAGCCCUCAGCAGAACAUGACCAAUCUCACAUCCCCUAACAUCACAUUAUAUCCCAACUUCACCCAGGGAAAAAAUGAUAGUGACUACUUGAAAAGCAACAGCCAAGACAUCAAUGGCUCACUACAAUAUCCUUAUAUCAUAUCAAUGUUGUUUUUUGUCAUGCCUAUAAUAACUUUUGUUGGAGCAGCCUUCCGAGACAAUGGCCGUAGUCAACAGGGGCGAGCUCAGGCAAGAGAACAAGCGCCCACUAGCGACCUACGUGCAUACCGAGGUUUUACACUUGUCUUGCUCUUUCUAUUUCUAUUGUUGUAUGUUGGACUUGAAGUUGCUAUUGGUGGUCUCAUUUUCAGCUAUUCCUAUGCACAUGGUAUUUUGAAGUCAAAAAGACUCGCUGCUUAUCUGACUUCAACUUUUUGGGGUAGUUUUUGUGCUGGAAGGUUUUUAAGCAUACCAUUGUCAUUGUAUGUUAGAGCUUAUCGUAUUUUAAUCAUGGAUUUGGUAGGAUGUACAAUCGGUGCGUCUAUCUUAGUAUUUUUGGCCAGGUUUGUUCAUGUUUGGUUAUGGGUUGGUGCUAGUCUACUGGGCCUUAGUAUGGCUGCAGUUUUUCCCUCAACAAUGACCUGGGCAGAAAGUUUCAUGCAUAUUUCUGGAAGAACUGCGUCAGUCUUAGUCGUGGGUGCCUCGUUCGGUGAAAUGACAAUACCAUUGGUUGUUGGAACUUUGAUGAAUCACAAGGGCGCUGACGUGUUUGUAGAAGCCAUUUUCGUGAUCAUAGUUUUGACGAUAAUUGUAUUUAUCGUGACUUCGGUACUGGCAAGAAGACAAAAACAAGAACAGGUCAAUGAUUUUGGCAUUCAUUACCGGAGAAGCACAGAACAGUCGAAUCAUAAUAUAUUCUCGAAGGGAGAUGAAAUAGUCCAGCUUUUGGAAGAUAGUUCCGAGAUAUUUUCAGUUGAGAAUUAAAGAUUGUAAUAAGAGACAUGAAGUUCGUUGUUGGAUAAACUUGAUCCUAAAAAUUACUAUUAGUUAAUUACUAUGAGUUGAUCUUAGUUGCGAUUGUUACACUAUACCUGACCACAGAACAAGAGCUGUUUCUGAGGUGACUUGUUUUUACCACUUGUUGCCUCCAAAACUCUCGAGACGUCAUUCAAAGUUAGAUCAAUGAUAUUUGAUUAUCAUAGGACAGUCCCACCAUCAUUUGACUGGCAAGAGGAUUUUCUUCAAAAAAACUUUGCUAUUUUUUACGCUUGACAACACGACAGACCACAAUACUUCUUGGUAAUUCUGGGAAAUGUAUUUAGAUCUCUAAAAUCAAAUUGUUAAAUAAUAUAUAUUGUGAUA